AUGUGUCUCUCUCUCACUCUGCUUGCUGCAGGUGUGUCCCAUGCCACCCUCCUGCAUUCCAAAUCCCUACGGGGCCACCGGGAGUGUUUUGAGAAGUACCACCUCAUCGCCAACCAGAAGCUGUCCCGCUCCAAGGUCUCCCGUAGUGCCUACGAGGGAAUGAAGCUGGCCCUGAGCCAGAAGAUCAGCCGCAUUGUUCAGUACGCCCAGAACAAAGACUCUGUCGGCUCAGAGGGAGGUCCGGGCUGCCGGGGGAGCAAGCACCAGCUCCUCUGCUACAGCCAGAAUGGAGACCGUAAACCACUUCCCCAGUCAGACGCGCAGGUGCCUCGCUACACCCCAUGCUGGAACCAGGGGACGGGGGCAGGAGGGCUGCCGGACUACGCCACGAGCAUGCUGGAGUGCCACUCGGCCGAUGGGCUGGGACUACUGGAGGACGGGCAGGGCCUGUGGGGGGCCACAGGGAGGAGGGUCCUUCAUUGCCACAGCCGGUGUUCUGGAAGAGACCACCAGAUGCUGCACUCAAACAAUGGCCACAGCAGACACGAGUGUGAGUUCUUUAUACCACCUGUAAUGAACACUAACUGGCUACCUCUAUUCCCAACACACCACACUGGCUGUGGUCAGAUUUUCUACCCCUCUGUUCUUCAGAUGUGAGCUCUCUGCAUUCAAACAAAAAAACACAACAUUGUAUUGAUGUAGUCUAAGCAUGGGGCUAGAGGAAGCCUCUGGGAACGAGUGCACCAUUUUAGGAGGGUAGAGAAGUCAGACUAUAGCCAGUGUUAUUUAGCCCAGAGUCAUCACUGGAGAUGCUUCAGGGUAUCGGUCUUCCCUGCAUACAUUCCCUUCAUCAAAGAGGCAUCUCAAGGUUGGAUCAGAAGGUGUCUGUGUCUCUGUGAUGAAUGGCAUUGAGUGGGAGGAGGCGUGUUGAAGAGGGAGGAAAAGAGGGAGGGAGACAGAUGGGAUGCGCCGCAUCCAUUUCUCUCCCCUCUCUGAUCUGUUCUCUGUUAUAUGGACUCCUAUCUCUUCCAUCUCCCCUACUCAUUAAUGGCACACGACAAUGUAGUGAUGCAGGCUAGGGCUCCGUUUUUAGAGCAUCCUCCUCACACAUUCCUCCUCGACCACCACUUUCCCUCCUUUCCCCAAACCAUCACACCAGAGAAAACCUUUCUCUCUCCUACCUCAGUGUCCAUGUCCUGUCACUGUAACAGCACCAAUGUUGUUUGUGCCUGCUGCACGCGCUCUGGGAGAGGAGAGAGGGGGGAUAUCUCCCAAGGAUGGUGGUUCUUUCAUGCCGUUCUUAGAAUUCCAUUCCUUUGUAAAUGACGACAGUGUAGCUAUAUGACCCUUAACUCUUCUCUCUGCAUAGUUCGUUGUUGCUAUGCAUCAAGUGCCUGAGGUUGCGUUAGUUGGUUAGUUAGAGGACGGUUUAGAACGAGUUUGCUUUACUUUAUCACACAUGCUAUGUUUCUCUUGUUUUGUGACCCAAUCUGUUUUAUCUUCCAGUGAUUAAAAUGAGUGUGGAUGAGCUCCACCAGGUGAACAGCCAGCUCCUGCUACAGAUUCAAAGUAAGAUACACUUUAAUAGCCAUCAAUUGAAGUUAACUGUGACCAGAUAUCUGAAUUAUUGCUUUGCACAUAUCAUCUAUUUUGGAGUGCAUGGGUUUGAAAUAUCUAAUUGUAAAUGACCAUAAAUGGAAGGAACUGAAUAUGCUGCAUUCUUUUUUUGUUGCGUCUCUUCUGUGCUGGUGUCUUUGAUGUGACGUGUCUUUGUGAGGUGGUAUUGUUGUUAUGUCUCGGCGGUACUGUGUUGUCAUUGCUGUCUGCCCCCUCUGCUUAAUUGAUUGACUUUUUUUUUUAUUAACUAAUUGUUGUCUCUGUGUGUGGUCCCUGGCUUGCAAUAUACUGCCUUGCUCUGUGAUCUCUGUCAUGCCAUCCACAGAGGUGUGUGUGUGUGUGUUAACCCUGUGGUAUACUGAUCUCUGCCUCCCCCUCCCUACAGAGGUGUUUGAGGAGCUGACGGGGGCUGUACAGGAGAAAGACUCGCUGGCGUCGGAGCUGCACGUUCGUCACAUCGCCAUCGAGCAGCUCUUCAAGAACUGUGCCAAGCUGCCCUGGCUGCAGAUCAGCCGAGCCGGGUCCGGGGUCAAGGCCAGCAGCAAUGCCCCCGUGGAGUGAGGGGAGUCUGGGGGUACCUACCUGGCUUGGCUGCCUCUCUCAGGGGGCUGGUUGUCUCUCUCUCAGGGGGCUGGCUGUCUCACUCCCAGGGCUACAGACAGACAGGCUGGCCACUGUAGCCAGUGCCCUUUGUAUUGUGAAAGACUUGCUGCGAGGUGUGGUUUGUCCCAGAGGAAUGGACAUGGCCUCCUCUCAUCAUGCUUAAGGCUUUCUGACUGCAGUACUUGAAUAAGGGGCUUGAGGAAAGGCAAUAAAAUUGAAGGACCUUGGGAUCCAUCAACUUCCAAAUGGGAACUGUGGGUUGUUGAUCCUCGCUGUUGGUGGACCUGUUGCCUAUGCAGAUAUAAAGUAUUUUUUAAAGAAUGUCUAUUCAAAUGUAUUUGAUUCAGUGACAUGAGAAAGAUCUUGUUUGCAUAUAUCUAGCUAAAGUUGUUUUCUUUUCACCAACAUUUAAUUUUUUGGUUUUCCUCAUAUCUUUUACAUUUUAGCUUUCUUUUGUUAUUUUAAUCACACCAUUUCCUCGCUCCUCUUCAGCAAAUAUUUGGUUGACUUAUUCUGUUGUUGCUUUGGUAACUGUUACGAAAGGAGGAGUGAGAUUUUAUUUUGUAAUCCGUGCAGUGAAACCUACUCUUGAGGUUUGAAGAAAUUAUGUUACAUCACCCACAAUCUAGUUCUAAGUGGAGGUGGGAUUUUAAGUCCAGCGGUUUACAGUUUGUUGCUUUUAUUAUUUAGCCAGUUAUGGAUUGGGGUUGAAUUUUGAUGUUUGUUUUGUUAGUGGCAUGCUGCAAAUGCUAUUCUCUGAUAGUCUUAACUUAAGUUCUCUUGAUUUCAACUGGUAAGGUAUUUUAUGGCUGUCGAGCACAAGUCAUGCCUGUAGUUGAACAAGGGAGUGACAUGAAAUGCAUGCUGAUAGCAGAGAAGGCUCAACUCUGUAAGCGUAAUAUGGUCCAAUCACCAAACCAAAGUAUUUUAUUUGCUUCAGGGCAGUAAAUGUCAGUAUUUAUUAUUUUACUUGUGGCCUACAAGUAUAGGCCACACUAGACCAACUAGAAUUGAUAGUGAAAUGCAAUAGAAUUCACUGAUACCAAAUUCACUUGAAAUGUGGCUCAAUUAUAAACUUCUAUAACAGGUUUAGCUGUAAUGUCCUAUGUUAUGAACCGUUCAACACUUCUCCCCUGGUUUCAGACAGACGUCAAG